AUGGAUCAAGAAUUCGAACUCGGCGUGUUAUAUUAUAGUGGUCAAGGCCCUCUGAGAAACAACGACCCCGAACUCAACCCCAUUUUGGACUAUAAACCUGACUUCAUGUCAUCGAUCCCAGAAUUCACAUUUGCUCAACCAGAGGGCGACAGAAGUGUAGUGGACUUUUUUGACUUGAUGGAGAUUCCAUUGGGGACCAACAUUGACGAUUGUGGUAAGAUAAUUGCGGAGCGUCAGGCAGACGUAAAAUCUUUUUAUAUCCAAAGCCUUCAACUUAUCAAGAUGGCGGAGACUAUCCUCUAUGAUCAACCGGCAAGGGAGGCAUACUUUACUCUUAGAGAAGCAUAUGGGGCACGCAAGUGCAAGUGGAUUGAACUGAAAAUUGAGAAAGAUCGCCAACAGAGAGAGGGUUAUCGCAAAUUAAAUGAAUACAAUCGAGAAGUCCAAAAAGGAGUUGAGUACGACACGAGAAGGUCGAAUAGAGUCAACGAUCACCAAAACCAAGCUCUCAGAACGGAGAACGAGCGUAUUUCAAGAGAGUAUGAAAUCUGCAAGCAACAACUCAAAGCUCAGACAGAUCGUUGCGACGAGUACCAGAGAGUUCACAGAGCCGACCAAGAGGGAAUAUCGGAGAGAAAAGCAAAAAUAGGUACAGCCAUCGAUUGGGCCUGGGAUAAAUUGGACACGGCGACAAAAAUAUGGUUGGAGGCGAUCAUGUUCGAGAAAGUGGCGAGAGCAGAGUUUCUCGAGGCAUUGAGAACCAGCUCCGAACCGGAAAUUUUACAUGCGAAGGCGAUUCACAAAUCCGCUCUCAAAUCCACUAAAUCGGCCCAAGAGCACAAAGACUCGAUCUUCGAAAUUACCCUCAAGAUGACAGAGCUGCACGGUGACGAGGCGAAGGCGAAGAUCGAAUCGGCUUACGAAAAUCUUGUACGUGACUACACGUUAGCCAACCCGUGGUCACGAGAAAGGGAGGAGCUCGAGGAAUCGAACCAUAAAGAAUAUUAUGAGCGCAUGAAGAAGACCGUAGUGAGGGAGGAGUUUGACCGUGCAGCCGAGCUGCAGAAUUGGUUCCUUUCUUCAGAUACCCCGCAGGAUGAGGACUCCGAAUCUGAUAGCGUAAGAGCGGAGAUGGCUGAGAAAGAGAAGAAGGAGAUGGAGCUCCUUGAGAAAAAGGAGGCCGCAAAGGCCACAAAAGUGGCCAACAAGGAGCGGUUGGCAAAGGCACGUGCCGGAAAAAAAGAGAAAAAAGCCGCCGAGGCAGAGCGUCUAAGGGUCGAGGCCGAGAAGGCACGUAAGGAGAAAGAGCGCAUUGAGAAGCGCGAGGCCGCAAAGGCAAAGAAGGAGGCCGAGAAGGAGGUUGCAGCAAAGGAGCGUGCAGAAAAGAAGGCCGCGAAGGCCGCGAAGGCGGCAAAGAAGGACCGAGAAGAGAAGGCAAAGCGUCAGACCCGUGCAGCAUCGCAGCCAGUUGGAGUCAGGAAGACCCGGAGCAGCAGCAAACGUCCUUCUCCUAGUUUGGCUCAGGAGGGGGUUGCUGAGCGAGUGUUGGAGGCGGUGGAGGAGGGUUCUGAUGAUGUCGAGGUCGUGAUCAAGAGGGAGCCGUCUCUCUCUCCCUCAUAA